ACUUACUCUAAAUUCCUACAGACACGUGUCUGAUCAUUCACCAUGGUGGGGCUUGAAGAGUUGACAGUUGCACAAGUAUCUGGAAUGAUAGCCGCUGCUGUCUUCGUUUUUCAAAUUCUCGUACCCAUAGCUCUUCCCAUCAUCUUGCUCGGCCUGCUUAGACCUCGGUCGGCUGCAGUUACACUAACAGCUGUCUCUUGGUCCGUGAUCGCUCGUUUUCUUCACUCGUCAAUAUGGCCUCUAAUCCUGCAAACCGAUUCGGCGGCAACUCUAUCGGCGUGUAGAUCAGCCCUGUUCAUGUCGGUCUUCAAAACAUUCAUAUUGGUCUUGAUUGGCGUCGCAGCGAUAGUAACACCACUUGGUCUUCAUGAAGGAAUUGUGGCUAAUGGGGAGACCGAGGUCUCAAUGUUUCAUUAUAUGAAGGAUGCCUCUCCAAUAGGUUACGGUACCCCACCGAGGACGAAUGCUACCUGGAGUAGGCUUUGUGGGGCAUUCCUUGUGAUUCCCUGCCCGAACGACUUCAACACUAAUACAACGGUGAUCAGAAACGACUUUGGUUCGGUCACUGUGGAUUAUGGGAACAAUCAAUACAGUUCAAAGGUCUCACAAACCGUCAUCGAAGCCUUUCAGAGUGGACGAGCAAAUUUUGAGGACUCAGUUUCAAGCACUUUCGACAUCCAAUACAGAAAUUAUGUCAACGAUAUCAUAUACGACGAGGGGAAGGGCCCUUGGCUUGAUAACGACAAACCACGCACAGUAGGCAGAUAUCAGCCCUUAUCCAGCUUAAUACUUAUCGACGAUAUCGUACCCGUUGAAGGACUUGUUGUCGACUUGAAGAACGGCGGAGUCGGAUUUCGAAAUCACAGCGUACCCAUCUCAAGAGACUUCGGAAGUACUUGGGAUGAGGACCUUCUUUUUGUCGUACCGGAGACAGUCUGCGUCGAUACAAACCUGACUAUCGACUUUAGCAUACCAUUGAGGCAGUCCGAAGUAUUGCUUUCGACGUUAAGCGGUAUCUAUAGGCCAUCUAUCACUGACCGUGGAGGGUUCAUUAAUAUUAAUCGAACCUAUCCGAAAUGGGACCCUCUCAACAGCCAAGAGGAUGUAAAUCUGUGGUAUCGUGCUUACCGGGGAGCUUGGUUUCGCAACAUCUAUACAAUGGCGUAUAUGAAUGUGACAAACCCGAGAAAUGAUUCUUUGGGAGUGAAAGCUUUUUCGUAUCUCAACUCUGAGAUUGACAAAGAGUUUCCUCUUUAUUACAAGGAUGGGAAGUCACCCGUCAGCUUUCCAAUUGAGGCUACCUCUCUCCAGGUAUCGACGAUGUUCGAUGAUUAUUUGAUGGGUACAGAAGGCUUGUCGAAUACUUCGACGAUUGGAAACCGGACCAUAGUAUAUAACACUACCUCCCGGGAUCCCAUUUACGCAAACCCGUUCGGUGUUAACUCAACCGAUUGGUCUGAUAUCGGAAUUCAAUGUAUAGGUUCAGGUCGUGGAGAUCUCGCUAAUAUAACCAACAUUGAAGCCAAUUGCGGGAUUCUAUACGGCGCUCCCCGUCGUGAAGAUGGGAGCCUUUCUCUCCUUUUUGAUCCCGGAUCUCGAUGGACAGUUCCAAUGUACUCUUGCAUAUCUACCGCCAAAGCUAUUAUCAAGACGACUUCUUUCCGGUUCAAUGGCUCUAACAAACUUUCCGAUCUUGAGAUAGUCUCUAUCACCGACAAAGUAUAUCUGAACAAUGAGUCGAAACCACUCUGGGGCGUCGAAAACACCAACAUGUCAAUCAGAGACGGCGGAGCCCUCUGGGGUUUAGUUUCGCCUGAAAGUGCUGCCCAACUAAAGCUCUCGACGGUUAGAAAGGAGUCGCUCUAUCUUCCCCGCAGGAAUGCGGUCAUGGGCUUCCAGAACAUGCCUGGCCUUGAUUUCGCCUCUCUAGCUUUGGAAAUGACAUACGAAACCGGCUUCCACUCGACAAACCCAGUCGACUAUUCUGGAAAAUCUAACCUUGCCAUGUAUCAGCGUUGGCAGGAGCUAUCUCGAAAGCCUGAGACAUCGGCACAGAUUUUGAAUCUCAUCUGGACUAACAUCGCCGCAAAUAUGGUACUCGGAACGAGAGGCCUGCACAAUGAAGACGCGAGCAAAAAGAAACGAGACGGAACAUCUAAAAAUGAUGCAAAACGGCCUACAGUCACCAUGUAUACACGUCGUGUCAAGUAUCGUUACGUCUAUGGCAUUCCUGCAUUCCUGGCUCUCUUCUUGCUCGCAGUAACAACAGUCUCAACCAUAUUUUUCAUGUUCUUCGGAUCUGGACGCCCCUCGAAUAUGCGUACGUUCUUACAGCACACCUCUGCUGGCCGUUUCUUGACUUCACAAGCAUCCGGCACUGCCCAGCACGAUGAAUACUCGAACUUAUCGACCAAAUCAUGGGUUAAGGGCGCUGGCAAGCAGCAAUUUACGCUUGGUGCUGAAGGAUGGACAAAGAGCGUACAGGAUCAAGUCGCUGGAUAUGAGGGGAAAGGUGGUUCGGAGGCGACUUAUACGCCUGUUUCAGAACGUGAUGAUUAUCAAGAUUGAUGAGCGAGUCGAAAGUUGUAAACCCAAG